AAUGGGCCGAGCUUCCCACGAAAGGAGGCUAUGUGCGAGGUGAAAGUACAUCAGUGCCGGGAAAAAUAGCCUAGGGGGCACUUCGGAGCAAGCGACAGAGCGGAGAGAUUGCAAGGGGCAGGCAGCAAGAGACAAAGAGGAGGGAGGACAUGAGCGAAAGGAAAGGGAGAGGACAGGGGAUCAGCUGAGUGAAACCGAGCGAGAAAAGCCCUUCCCUUGCCGGCACGUCCCUGGGCAGUGCAGACAGGUUCCCCCCCUCCGUUGGCCAGAAGACAAAGAAGCAGCCAGCCCCAUGGGGAAAGGGGGGGAGAAAGGCGAGGAGUCGGGGGAGUGCAAGGCGCAGAUCCCCUUCUACACCUGGGAGGAGAUCCAGAAGCACAACCUGAGGACGGACAAGUGGCUGGUGAUAGAGCGCAAGGUGUACAAUGUCACCCAGUGGGCAAACAGGCACCCGGGGGGCCACCGAGUGAUCGGCCACUGCGCCGGGGAAGAUGCCACGGAUGCGUUCCAGGCCUUCCAUAUCAAUCCCACCUUGGUGCAAAAGUUUCUCAAGCCAUUACUUAUCGGAGAGCUUGCUCCAGGGGAACCCAGCCAAGACCGAGAUAAAAAUUCCCAGCUGGUGGAGGAUUUCCGGACCCUGAGGAAGACAGCCGAAGACAUGAAUUUAUUCAGAGCAAGCCCUUUGUUCUUCUCUCUUUACCUGGCCCAUAUCAUUGCAAUGGAAGCUUUAGCUUGGCUAAUGGUUUCAUACUUCGGUACCGGGUGGAUUACAACUCUCCUCCUUGCGUGCAUCCUUGCAACUUCCCAGACCCAGGCAGGGUGGCUGCAACAUGACUUUGGACACCUGUCUGUCUUUAAGAAGUCUUCCUGGAACCACCUUGUCCACAAGUUUGUGAUUGGACACCUGAAGGGCGCCUCUGCAAACUGGUGGAACCACCGUCACUUCCAACACCAUGCCAAGCCCAACAUAUUCAAGAAAGACCCAGAUGUGAACAUGCUGCAUAUUUUUGUCCUUGGAGAUACACAGCCUGUUGAGUAUGGCAAGAAGAAGCUGAAGUACCUGCCUUACAACCACCAGCAUGAGUACUUCUUCCUCAUCUUCCCACCUCUGCUCAUCCCCGUGUAUUUCCAAAUCCAAAUCAUCUCAACCAUGAUCAAGCGCAGGUUCUGGGCGGACCUAGCCUGGGCCUUCAGCUACUACAUGCGCUAUUUCAUCACAUACAUCCCAUUCUAUGGCGUUCUGGGAUCCCUGUCUCUCCUCACUUUUGUCAGGUUUCUGGAGAGUCACUGGUUUGUGUGGGUCACCCAGAUGAAUCACAUUCCAAUGGAAAUUGAUUUUGAGAAACACAAAGAUUGGCUCAGCUCCCAGUUGGCAGCCACUUGCAACAUCGAGCAGUCCUUUUUCAAUGACUGGUUCACCGGGCACCUGAAUUUUCAAAUUGAGCACCACCUGUUUCCAACAAUGCCACGGCACAAUUUCUGGAAAGUUAAACCUUUGGUGAAGUCAUUAUGUGCCAAGUACGGAGUCCAAUAUGAAGAGAAGCCUCUUGGAAAAGCAUUUGUAGACAUAAUUGGGUCCCUAAAGAAAUCUGGAGAUCUAUGGCUGGACGCUUACCUCUAUAAGUGAACAUGAAUCUUAAUGGGGGGUGUGAGUGACGGGGAGGGCUGGGGUGGGUGGCGAGGGGGGGAAUCACAUUUGUCUUUUACUGCUAGAUUUCAGUCUGUAUCUACGUGCACAGUUUGAGUGGAGUUUCCUGUCUCGUGAACUGCUACUGGUAUGAGCUCGGGCAACUUGUUAAACCCAGACAGAUUUAAAACGUGCUCGGCCUAGUCUUCAGAGGAUGAGACCCAGUGCCUGUAUUGCACAAAAUGGACGGCUGGGGUAGAAUGGAGAGGGGGAUUUAAAAAGGGGGCAUUUAACAUCUGCCCUCCACCUUCUCCUCACUAAAGAUUCAUUCUAGCUCUUCCUAAAACACACAAGGCCUGAUUUACAGACACAUAUGACUUGUCAGGCUUCAGCGAGUGUUUGCAAUCCAAGGACGCUCGUGUCAGCUCGUGCCUUUUUUUAAUCCAUGUUUGUGCAAAAGAGGCACUCAGAAGAGAGUUUCACUUAAAAAUAACACAGUCUGUGAUCACCAUCACAACAGGAGCUCAGGUGGGCUGUGUUCCCUGCCAGCUCUGCCUGCAGGGAUCACACUCCGUGGGGACCAGCAGCUGCUGUAUGGUGUGGCUUUCAGUCCUGCUCAGAGCCCUACUGUGCCUUUGUCGGUUUCUCUGUUUUCUCUCCUGCCUUUCUUUCUCUAAUCAUAGCAUCUCUUCAGUAAAAGCUGUGAUAUUGACCCUGAACCAUUAACGUCUCAGCACCUUUCGGUCAGGGUUCUUAAUACAGGACUGUGUCUGUAUUUUUAUGACUAGCCCCGAUUUCUAAGUGUCCAUCAAAGAUCUCUGGGCUUACAUGGUAUAAUAUCUCCUUUUGGUAGAGGGUCUAUUUUCUUUCUUUAAUGAGCAACAGGCCUGGCAGAGCAUUAUAAUUGUCAGUAACUUACUCAGAAACAAUCAAACUGGAAAUAAGACACAAAACUUACUGAUUGCCACCCAUGCCCCACUGUAACCACAAAUGGUCUUUUCACCUGCAAGAGCAGCUGGGCAGUGUACUUCAGCAACACCCAGUUCUGCCUGUCUGCACAUGCCUGACAUAUACCAAGACUGUUUCUGCUGGUCAGAGGCCAGGACUGUGUAUCCUUGUCCUGAGACCAAGAAGGAGCUGCCCAACCACUCGACCUGCUCCCCCAGGCCUUCUGGGGAGGGGUAUGAAAACAGAAUUGACCAGGCUGUGUUGGUGAUGUGAAAUCUUCUACAGAAAGCUCUUACAACAUUUUCUGUCCAACACCUAGUUGCCAAAAUCCAUGAAUGGCUUAACCAGAAGUGUGGUUGAACACCUUCCAGGUGCUUCACUAACAGACAACGAAGCCCACUGCAGAAAAAUCAAGGGCUUUUGAUUCAGUUGUAAUACAACAGAAGAGAUAUAUGCUCUAGUUUAUGAUAAAGGACCAUGGUUUCAAAAGCAGCAUUCCAGUUCCAACAGCUUGUCUCAGCUCAAAACAUGUUUCCUAGUACAAUAGGGAUACGCUAAUUAUUUGCACGUAUCAUUAUUUUGUUCAAUUCUGAAUCUCGAUUCUGACUAUCAAGUCCUUCAAUGCUAAUAAAGUCCCACAAAAUCAGCAAGGUUCUGCACGCACAGAGACAACUCCAGGACUGUGGCCAGACACUUCCAAAACCAUAUUCUCACCUCCCUCUUUGGAGAACGAGAUGAGAUUCCUGUGCUUACAGAAAGGAAAUGCAUAGGUAGGACUGCAACUUAACCCAGCUACUAAUAUAUUUGAGGUGUGUAAAGGGCUUCCUUUCGUGUUCUUGUCACCCCUUACUCGAGUAUCACCAUGAAUAGUUAGGACAAAACCUUGCUGGUGCUUAAAACUUGAAAAGAAUUUGAGGAGUUUUUAUAGCUGAUUUCUAACAGCAUACGCAGUAACAUCCUUCUGGACGCUGUAACCUCUCAGACAGGCAAUAACAGGCAAUUGUGGUUAGCUGUAUUAAGGCUGCCUUACUACGUCCAUUUGUUUCUGACUCCUUGAAUGUAUCUCACUGCCUCUGCUCCAGCAGGGAGAACCACAAACACACCAGCGGUGCAAUCUUUUAAACACCCAGCUUAUUUUUCUGAUAGCUUGUAUUUUUUUUGCUCAUUCAGUUCUUGUUUCCAAAGCAGAUGUUUCCUGAGUACAGAUGCUUCUUCCUCCUUCGCUCUGUCCUCUUUUGUCUAUCUUACCUUUCGUCUUGGGGAAACCAUUUGCUCUUUAACACCUAGAAACUUUCCUGCAGGGAACUUGUACCUCUGCCUAGGUAAAUAGUGCUGCUUUGGCAGUUUGGCUGCUGACCUGCCUGCUGGAAGGACUGUUUUUCUGCUAAAAAUCCAAAGUACUUCCAACCUAACAGCCUGGCCUAACAGUGCCUAGCAGACAGCAGCUACAACCGAUGAUGGCUGAAGGAACCUGAGAGGUUCUAGGAGAGCAACCAUGCUGCAACAGUCUACAGAAGGAAGGACCUUAGGCAAAUGGGCUUCCCCCCCCCCCCCCCCAAGACCAUAGGGCAAGGUACAAAAGAGAAGAAAAGAGGGACAGGAUAGAUCUUGAUAUUAGCUCUUCUCCCUGCUACUUGAUUUUUUCAGACCCUCAAAAAUUCCCCUUUCAUGAAAGAAUUGUUCAGUUGCUCAAAUCCAGAAAUAAAAAAAAUUAAAAAAAAAGUGUAGUGUUAUAGUCAGAAGUGACGUCCAAGUCUCAUGCACUGUUCUUGCUAUUGCAAGAUAAAAGGGUCUGCUCUGCAAAGAACAGGUCACCAACACUUUUUAACCACCAGUUUGUUCUUUUAUUCAUUGUACUUAUAUGUUCAGAAAGUUUGUCUUGUGAAAACAUAAGAAGCUGGUGACUAUGCCAAGCAAAGCCUCUCUGGCAGCAUUACUCAUGUAGUUUCUUCCCCUCCCUCCAAAAAAUCCCAGCCCACUAUCAUGGAAGUCAAACUGUUGUAUAAGCACAUUAAUGUACGAGUUCUCCAUCUAUUAAUCAGAUCAAACAGACCCCUGACAAAAAAAAAAAAAAGGACAUCUGGAGAAAUCUGCCUUGUUAAAAUUGUAAGUAGCACCAAAGCGAAAUCUGAUCUACAGAUGUUUG